GCCAAAACGCACUUUCACUUGCAAGCACGUAAGCCGAGUGAGAGGGCACGAUACGCCCUGACUCGGACUACGCGCCCUCGGGCCUCUUCGCUUUUUUUUCUUUUCUAUCAGUCGGGGCAGCUGCGAUGACGUGCCGUGAUCAGCUGGCUGACGGCACUAGCAGCGAGCAAGAGAGAAUGUCCUCGCUUACCCGCCCCGGCACCUCCUUCUUCCGCCAGGAUCUUACGCAGAGCCGGGUCGUUUCUUGGCAGUUACUUUGCCGCCACUCGCGGCAAACAGAGCAGCAGGAGGCUCUCUGUGAAGGGAGAGUGGCAGGCGUCGAGUCUGAUGACGGGCCGGAGCCGCGGUGAAGCAAUGGCAUCACGAUGUGAGAAGAGAGGCCGGAAGAGAGAGGCGAAUGACGCCGGCGAGAAGGAAAUCUCUGCAUGCAAAGCCCCAAGCGUGAAGGGCAAGCCGAAGAGGCCACUGCCGGCAAGUUCAGAAAGAUCAGACUGAGGAGCCCGACGAGAAGACAUAAAAAGACGCUCCUCUCGCCGCGAGAAGUCUUUUUUCCCUUCCCCCAUCGAAAACCCUAUCUUUGCCUUCUUCCCAAGAGCGCUUUCAGCUUCUCCCGCACCACAAGUCAAUCUUGACCUCGGCUGGUCCAAG